AUGAAAGGCGUGAAAAAAAGGAAUAUCAGUACUGACCCCGCACAGCCACCAUCCGCUCCUCCGCCUCCCGACCACACCUCCGGCGCGGCGGCGUUCGGCGGAGGCGUUGUGGAAGGGGAGGAGGGGCCCAAGGAACAAAACGACAGCGGCGAAAUCGAAGGCGCGCUGGAGGAUUUCGAAGAGGAAGGAGAAGAGGAGGAUUUUUCGGAAGCUGAGAGAGAGUACGAACAGCUGGAGGACGCGCUGAUUGGAGAGGAGGAGGGAAAGAGGACGAAGCUCGCCGAUGGCUACUAUGAGAUUGAGGCUGUACGCCGGAAGCGCGUUCGGAAGGCGAGGCUGGUCGGAGGCGGAGAAUACCUGGGAGCCUGUGGAGAAUCUGUUGCAAUUCUGAAACCGGGGAAAAGUAAGCCGACACGCAAAAGAAAACGCAAGGCUGCUGUAACUCCAAUCCAACCCAAGAAAAAACAACCGGACAAACAGCAUCAAUAUCAUCAGCAGAGAUCUCCUGCUGCUGCUACUUACAGCGUGCCCUCGAAUGUGAUAAGGAUUGGCAAUGAGCCUUUGCCCUUUUCCAGGCUAAAAAACAUCACCUAUAUAAAUGAGAGUGGGCAGACAACUGUAAAUGGGUUAAACCGUUUCGAAACUUCCAAGAAAGCAGGUGAGAAUGGUGCAAGAAUGGUUUCUGCUGUUCGAGAGGGAGAAAAAGAACAAAACGAGUUGAAUUUGAAACUCUCCGAGUUUAAGGGGGCAAUGGUGGCCGGCCAUGAAGAUUCUCUCUGGCUUGCUCAAACAUCGCAAGCAGGCCAACGACCAACAGGAGAUAAUUUGGCGAAUGAAUUAAGGAAUGAGAGGGUGGAUCCUGUGCAUGUCGGUCGUUUUACAGGUGCUAAAAGGAGGAAAUCGGGUUCUGUCAAGAGGUUCCGGAAAGAUCCAGAAUCGUGCUCUGUUGAUGAUGCAGCGAAUGGGGUGUCGGCUUAUGGGCUCCUCGCGCCUGAGAAUGUUCUGUGCCCUGAUUUUCUCAGGAAUGAUUCGUACGAGGAUUCCAAAAGCAUGUGCACGAUUAAACAGAUUGUGAAGCCUAUUAGCUAUAAAUCUUCCAUGUCAAACAACGUCCAAGAUGUCUUGGUGGCGUUUGAGGCGAUCAGGUCUGAUGGAACGAAAGUGAUAGUGGAUAACAAAUUUUUAAAAGCUAACAAUCCACUUCUGCUCAUAGACUUCUAUGAGAAAAAUUUACGGUACAGCCCAACAUGACAAAACUGGUUGGCCGAGCUGGCAGCAAGGGUAUCUUGUAAUCGUCCUGUACAGUGUGGUAACUUCUUAGCAGUAAAAACCUUGUACACCCAAAGGAAGUGCGGUAAAUAGUUUGUGUGGAUUUUGUCACAGCUAAAUUUGUAUGGUUGUUGUGGGUCAGUUUGACAGAUUUACCCUCAUGUGGUCAAGCGAUCGGUGGAUGAUAUGGUGAAGUUUAUGAAAACUUCCAUUUUCUUCUCGACUCAUCCUUUUCGUAUGCUUCAUCUGUUUGCCUUAUUGAUGCAAUGCUGGUUGAUGUGGCGCGUAUAAACUCUGUGUGUAAUGGUGAAAACCUUUUUUNUAGUUUAUUU